UCGGGUGCCCUAAGCCCCUUUCCCGCCGCUCCCCAUCACCCGCGCCGGCUGUCAGCGUCAGCUCUUGAUCGCCGUCUCAACACCGACCAGACUACUAUAAGCGCAGUCCCUCAGCCCUACUCCUCCUCACCUCACCGAACCGGCGAGCUCCGAGCACCGUCCGUUGGUCACUCUCUUCCUCACCUCACCGACCACCGGCCGGCCCUGAAGCUCCACGACCAGUAUGACGGGAUUAUCAGUCGGAGAGAAGCUUUUCAUACAGGGCGGCAUUGCUCAAGACCUCCGCACCGAUGGUCGUAAACGGCUGACUUACCGACCCAUUUACGUUGAGACCGGAGUCAUUCCUCAGGCUAACGGCUCUGCUCGAGUUCGGUUGGGCGGAACAGAUGUUAUUGCUAGUGUUAAGGCUGAAAUUGGACGGCCGAGUCCCAUGCAACCUGAUAAAGGGAAAGUUGCUAUAUAUGUUUCUUGUAGUCCGACUGCUGCUCCAAUGUUCGAGGGAAGAGGGGAUGAGGAGUUGUCAGCAGAACUCUCAAUUGCUCUCCAACGGUGCCUCUUGGGUGGUAAAAGUGGAGCAGGAGCUGGGAUUGAUCUCUCUUCUCUAGUAGUUGUCGAAGGAAAAGUUUGUUGGGAUCUUUACAUUGAUGGUCUCGUUGUCAGUUCAGAUGGAAACUUACUAGAUGCUCUUGGCGCUGCAGUCAAGGCGGCCUUGAGCAAUACGGGCAUUCCUCGAGUCCAAGUUGCAGCUGAUACAACAGGCGAAGAUCAGCCUGAAGUCGACAUAAGUGACGAGGAAUUUCUACAAUUUGACACUUCUAAUCUUCCUGUCAUAGUGACACUAACGAAGGUGGGUAGGCAUUAUAUCGUGGAUGCCACCUCCGAAGAAGAAUCCCAGAUGAGCUCUGCAGUUUCAAUUUCCAUAAACAGGAGAGGGCACACCUGUGGGCUGAGCAAAAGGGGAGGUGCGGGGCUUGACCCCAGUGUUAUACUCGACAUGAUAUCCGUGGCAAAACAUGUAAGUGAACAGCUGAUGAACAAGUUGGAUUCUGAGAUAUCUGCUGCUGAGGCUAUUGAAGAUGAUUCUUAAACUUUUGUAUUUAGAAUUAGACCUGCUUCUACUUACCGACCCAGUUGCAAUGGAGAUAUGUAGUCUCAUCAUUCGCUACUCGAGAUGAAUUUUGUACUCUUCUCUGCAAUGUUUGGAUUUCCUCUUUUAUCAUCAUAUAAGGAAAGAGCACCCGCUUCACUA